UUCCAGAUUCUCCUCCUUCUUUUUCGAACCCGGUGUUCGCUUUUUUUCUUGAAACCUAGUUUUGCUUGCAGUUUGCUAGUUUUGGCAUAGCAUUCUUACAACCACCCCUUUUCUGGUAGUUCAUUGUUCGCAAGCAGAAAGAGACGGGAAGAGGUCCCCUCAGCCAAAGAUAGGUGAAGCUGUGCUUCGGAUCUUCUGCUGCCUUCGCCUUCACUUCUAACCGCUUUACCUUUUGUCGCUGGUUCGACAUCUUUACCCCGACGGCUCUUUCUUUCGGCAUUUCUCCAAACAGCUUAGCGUCAUCUCCAAAGCCCAGAAAAUAAAACAAGCAAAAAUGAAGGCUUCCAUUGUCCUUGUCUCCUUCCUCGGCCUGGUCUCCGGCAUGGUACUCCCCGGUCACCGUCUCAGUCCCAGCGGUGCUAAACUGCAGCCGCGGUCCCUCUUUAAGCGUGAGGCCAAUCUGGACUACCGCUACGCCCCAGAGCCAUGCCGUGCCAUUCUCACCACAUGCCGAGUCACGUCAGACUGCUGCUCAGGCAUGAAGUGCGUGAGCGCUGAUGGCGAGUCGGUUUGCACUCCCAGCGAUUAAAUCAGUUGAA